AUGAUUACAUCAAAGUUUGGAUAUUUGGGAUUGAAGACAAUUCAACAACACGGUGCUCAAUGCUCAUUGUUGGUACGUUCGGCAGCUGGACAGAGUUCAUUGCUCAACACUCAGAUCAGAACAUUCGCAGCAGCAGCCACUGAGAACAAAGAGAAGAAAGUAAAGAAACCAAAGGCAGAGGAAAAGAUUGUUGUUACCGACGCCGACAAUAUCGAGUAUGGUGCAAGCAGCUUGAAAUUGACUGCCAACAAGAAGGUCGUCGUACAAAAGGUCAACAAGAAGCGUUUGUUGAAACCAAAGUUGAACCCAAUCAGCAACACCGACACAGAGACUGUAUUGCUCACUCGUCUACACGAAACAACCACCACCACACAAGCUGUCACUCCAUCAGUUCCAACCAUCACAUACGAACAACUCAAACAACUACUCUCACAAACAACCGCCACCACCACCACCAACACCACAGAUUCGUUCACACUUGUAGAUUUACGUGAUCCAAAGGAAUUCUAUGGUGAUUCACCAAUUAAACAAUCUGAAAACAUUCCAAUGGAGUAUGAGAUUAAGAAAUCAGAAUCCGAACAAGCUAACGAAGCAAAGCAAAAACAAAAGGCAAAAGGAAAGAAGAAAUCAAAGUCAGAGGAAAAGAAGGUCGCAUUGGUAGACGAUUCAAACUUUUGGCAACGUUGUUGUAAAUUAACUAGUGCUCAAUGGAAAGAUAAAUAUGGAUUCCCUAAAUUACAACAAGAACAACGUAUCAUUUUUUACUCUGCCAACAAUGGUCGUAGUUCACUUGCUGCUGAAAUGGCAAUUAAUUCAGGAUUUAACAAUGUUCAAAUAUUAGAAGGUGGUAUUCGUUAUUGGAAUAAACAAGAAAAUAAACAACAAUAA